CGCGCGCACGGGUCAUUCUGCCGGAGUAUCGGUCCACAGACAGACAGCGGCGCUGCGUGUCUCUCACAGCCGAUCAGCAGUGCAUGUGUUCGGCACAACAGAUUUCAGUAUUUUCGGAUCUAACCUUCAUUCCCACCCGAGCUCUGGACACCCCCGGUUGAGAGGUUUGGAUAUACGGCAGCAUAUUACGAGCGUUGCGAUGUGGAUGAUAAAGUUCGUGUUGAUUGGGACCUGCUGGUUUGGAGUAAGCGCGGACUUCGAUGGCAGGUGGCCCAGGCAGAUGGCCUCUUCCAAUGGGCUGUGUCGAUACGGCGGCCGCAUUGACUGCUGCUGGGGUUGGACGCGUGUUUCCUGGGGCCAGUGCCAGCCGGUUUGUCAGCACGGAUGCAAACAUGGAGAAUGUGUGGGAGCCAACAAAUGCAAGUGUCAUCCAGGUUAUACAGGGAAAACAUGCAACCAAGAAGAGCAGGGCUAUGUUAGCCCCCCAAUAUGGCACAGUCACCCUCCUGUUUUUGUUCCAAUGGACCACCAGCCGCUGGCGGUGCCCUCAGAGGAUCUGAACGAGUGUGGCCUGAAGCCCCGGCCUUGCAAACACAGGUGCAUGAACACAUACGGCAGCUACAAGUGCUACUGCCUCAAUGGAUACAUGCUGCUACCUGACGGGAGCUGUGGAAAUGCCCGGACGUGCGGCAUGGCAAAUUGCCAGUACGGCUGUGAAGUAAUGAAAGGAGAAGUUCGCUGCCAAUGCCCUUCUCCAGGUCUACAGCUUGCUCCAGAUGGCAGGACCUGCGUGGAUGUGGACGAGUGCGCCACGGGCCUAGCCGUUUGUCCUCGCUUCCGGAAAUGCAUCAACACUUUUGGAAGUUACAUUUGCAAGUGCCAUGACGGCUUUGACCUACAAUACAUCAACGGGAAAUAUCAGUGCACAGAUGUGAAUGAAUGCGCUUCAGUUCAUCUUCAAUGUGGUCCGCAUGCCACCUGCUACAACACACCGGGUUCGUACAAGUGCAAGUGUAAAGAUGGCUAUAGAGGCAUGGGCUUCGACUGCAAACCCAUCCCAAAGGUGAUCAUUGACCCUCCGCGACCAGGAAAGACCACACCAAGCAAUAACAACAAAGGGGGCAACAAAAUCCCAGACUCGGACCACAAGAGGCCCACCACCACAAGCAGACCACCAGUGACGGCCAAAAGGAUUUCACCUACUAGAGCUCCGCCGAUAAAGAAAGUCACACCUUCCAUUAAAGUCCCGACAACCACAACUUGGAGACCUCUCGUUCCAACCCGUAAACCUCCUGUCCUCGUGACCCCUAAACCAAAGGUCCCUUCUCCACAGACUCCCACCACCAAAGCCCCGGUGGUCACAGCGGUGGUCCCUUUAAUCCCGACUCGCAGACCCGUCACACCGGUGGUCCCCUUAAUCCCGACUCGCAGACCUGUCAUACCCGUGGUCCCCUUAAUCCCGACUCGCAGACCCGUCAUACCGGUGGUCACCCCGGUUGACAACAACAUCAAAAACAUCACCCAGAAACAAAGAGGAGAUGUGCACAUACCACGAAAUAACGGCAGGAACAACGUGUUUGGUAUCGAUUUAGACAUUGAACUGGGGAACACAGAAGAAGAGCUGAAGGACGACCCAGACAGUGGAUAUCUAAGCUGCUCUUUUGAUCAUGGUCUCUGUGGAUGGAUCCACCGGCGAGAAGGAGACCUUCACUGGGAGACGACAGAAGAUCCAUCUGGUGGGCGGCACCUGACGAUCUCAGAGGGAGGAGAGAAACGAGGUGGGCGUGGCGCUCAGCUGAUACUCCCCCUGACUCCGCCCUGGAACGAGGGUAACCUGUGCCUGGCAUUUCGUCACAAUAUGGCAGGCCAUCACGUGGGCAUGCUGCAGGUGUUCGUACAGAAAGCCCGGCAACACAGUCCUGCGGUCUGGGGCCGAACGGGAGGAAACGGCUGGAGAUCCACACAGAUCACAAUCUGGGGCAAUGGACUUGAAAGCGUGAUCGUAAAGGGCGAAAGACGGAGAGGUCGUAAGGGUGAAAUCGCUCUGGAUGAUAUGAGUCUCCGAAAAGGUCCCUGUCAGGAGGAACACAACCUGAGGAGACUUUAACCCCAGCCACAGUGACUUUUAACCCCACUUCACGAGACUCUUAAGAAGAGGGACACGCGACAGAUUGGGACGUGCCGUUCGGCUGGUCGCGGUGCGGUUAUGGGCGCACUUCUUCCGGCCAUCAUGGGUUACUACAAAGUGCAUGUUCCUGUAGCCAAUCAAAGUUGUUCUGUACGUCCAGGUUAACUUGACGUUAAUUUAUAGGCUAAUUCACAACGAGUUCACUCUGAAGCCUCGGAUGGGUUUUUUUGAAAAGCUGUAACAUUACUUGUGGACUGACAUUUUGUCAGAAAUUACACACUCGUGCCGUCAGAAUUUUGAAGCAUCGCGGUUUUGCACCUGUGGUCCUUAUUUACAGUAGCAUGUUUUGAGAUCACAUUUUUUUGUUGUUUGAAAAACCCAUUAGAGAUUUCAGUGAGAGCUCGUGGCUCAAAAAUGUCAAUUCACCACCGAAUUUUUAGACGCUAGGUGGCAUAAGAGCUGUCAAUUGGAUAAGAUACGUAAUGUCUGAAAAUGUACUUUUGUAAAGUUUAAUUUUGUAAAUGUAAAAUGUAGCCAUGCCAUUGUUGUACGAAUAUACUGUAAAUGUCUUCUCAUAAAACCUCACUAAUAUCUCCGCGACACAAUUUUUUUUGGUUCAUUAUUGUUAAUGUAUUCAUACAUGUGUGUAUAUAAAUAUAUUUCAAAUAUGCUUUGUAGAUGCAUUCAUAUGAGAAUUUAUUGUAUACGUGAUGCAGGACAAUGUUUACAUUAUACAAACCUGACUUAUUAUUUUGUUGACACAUACUGUACAAACCAGUAAAGCGUUUUUUUAUUUCCUAAUGGCUGUAUCAGCCAUUCUGUAUUAUCAUCACAACCUUUAAAAGACGUUUGUCGAACAGGAAAGGUCUCGGUUUAACAUUCACAAUGAAUCAGACAUUAAAUGAUGUGAACAUAAAAUG